AACACUUCUAACAACAGCCCCAUGAACUUGCUGUCGCUUGAUGGCGGCGGGAUACGUGGGGUGUCUCAGCUCAUCAUUCUUGAUGAAAUCAUGAAGCGCAUCCAAGCCAAGAAGCAAUUGCCUGAGGUACCAAAACCUUAUGAGUAUUUCCAUCUUAUUGGAGGUUCUGGUACUGGAGGUCUCAAUGCAAUCAUGCUGGGUCGACUGAAAAUGUCAACUGAAGAUGCACUGCAAAGCUAUAACAACCUUGCAGCUGCUGUAUUCAGCCCUGACAACCAUAAACCAUUCUACAAGGAUGAAAAGUUUAAGGCUAGUACCUUGAAAGCAGAGAUUAAGGAGAUUGUCAAGCAUAGCCAUGGGGGGUAUACUGGUGAUGAGAGUUUGCUUGAUCCAAAUGCAGAAAAGGACUCAAUUGGCAAUUUUGUCUGUGCUAAAACUACUGCCAAUCUGGAAUCUCCACAGCGAUUUCGGACAUAUGCAGGACUCUCCAAUCAAGGACCAGAUUGCAAGGUCUGGGAGGCUGUCCGAGCUACAACUGCUACUCAAAAGAUUUUUAAAUCUAUCAUGAUUGCUGGUCUAGGAGAGAUCAGUUCUUUAUAUACUGAUGCUGGUUUUGGUCAUAACAAUCCUUCAAAAGAAGUCAGAGAGGAGGCAAUUGAUUGUUCUAUUGGAGUAUUUCUCAGUGUUGGAACAGGUCAUCCAGGACCUAAUGGAUUUCAGCAACCAAGAGGCAUGAGGAAGUUCUUACCUCUUCUGCUAUUACAGACUGUCACAAAGAUUGCUACUGAUUGCGAGUCUGUCUCUUCUGACUUCACAAAACAGUAUGAUAAUAGUCCAGGAACAUAUUUUAGGUUGAAUGUUACACAUGGAACUGGAGUAUUGGAAGUAGAUGAUUGGCAGGAAGGAGGAGCUGUUAUACUAGCUCAUACAAGUGCCUAUCUGAGAGAACCCAAUACAUCUAAAAUAGUUGAAGGAGUUGUAGAAUGUCUCUGUUCCAGCCCUAAUAUGAAGAGAACCCAUACAUUAGGGACAUUUGGUAGGAUUUAUUUGUUUAGGAUUUAUAGGUUAAAAGCUAAUAUGAUUAUAGCUGGACAUAUAACUUCAGUUUCAAAGCCUUCCAUGACAUUUUUGCCAGGUUCUGUGCUACCUUUGUUUACAGGAUGUCAGCAAUAUCUGUCUGAGCUUGAAAAAUAUUUUGCUCCUCGUGAAAAACCAUGGAAAAGACGUCUUUUUCUACUUCAUGGAAUGGGAGGAAUUGAUAAAAGUCAGAUUGCUUUAAAGUUUGUGGAAAAUAUGAUUGAGUCAAAAGAGUAA